UUCUUUUCAAGUUUUUCAGGCUUCUGCUUCUCUCAGAGCAAAUCAACAAUGGCGUCCCUGACACCUGGAGUCCUCCUGAAACUUCUUGAAAGCGUAAACUCAAACAUAAAAGUACGUGGAGAAUACCGUUCUGUUCUCCUCCAAGUAAUCUGCAUAGUCCCUGCGUUAACUGGGUCAGAGCUCUGGCCUAACCGUGGCUUCUUCAUCAAAGUAUCCGAUUCAUCCCACUCAACUUACGUCUCCCUCUCUAACGAAGACAACGACCUAAUCUUGAACAACAACUUACAGCUGGGUCAAUUCUUUUAUGUUGAUAGAAUUGAACCUAGUAAACCAGUACCUAUUCUUGCCGGCGUUAGGCCUCUCCCCGGUCGCCAUCCUUUCGUUGGGACACCCAAGGACUUGAUGCAGAUCCUGCACCUACCCCCAGAGCAGGAUAAGCUCGUUAAUGGCGAUUCCAAGUUGGUGGAAGCUAAAGAGGAGAGUAGUCCUAGACAUAGGAUUGUUAUUAAAGAAGAGAAGGCAGCUGUUGCAUCUAGGUACAUGCAGGGAGUUUUGGCAAAUCAUCAUAAACCAAAUAAUAAUAAUAACAAUCAAAAUGAAAGUAACCCUCCUUCAGUAUCUAAAAAGGUUGCCUCUGUUAAACGCAAGGUCCAAGAGCUCAAGGGUAAGACACGUUCCACAACUGCAUCUCCUAAUCAAUCUGAUCAUUCAGUUCAAUCCAAGGUAGAGCCUGCAAUCCUAUCAAACUCCAAGGAGGCUGCAGUGCCUCCGAAGAACACCACUGUGAAACACAAUUUAUCUAAACAAGAGAAUGUGAAUUUGAGUUCAACGGAGGCGAUAUCAUGGACUUCACUGCCUGUAAAUCUCUUGAAGCCUGGGAAAGGAAUUCUCAGAAGGAGAAAUUUAGCUUCUUUGGUUGCAGCAGAAGCUCAAAAGGAGGCUUCAAUGGCUACAAACCUGGUCAAGUGCAUCAGCAUGUUUGCUGAUCUCUGCUCAACUGCUUCCCCAGAGAAUCCUCAUCUCUCUCUCACCAAAUUCUUCGCUCUCCAAGAACAUGUUGAUCGAUUGAGUGUGACAAAAGCAUUAAGGGCUAAAUCAAUCCACGCAAUAACACACCCUGCACCUCCAAAUACUGAUUACAAAGCUAGCAGAAAAACAGGUUCAGCUCCUCGGAAAACCUCAUUGAAGUCUCUAAAACCAUCAGUCUUGGAGCUAAGCGAGGCUGAGAAACUAGAAUGGGCAAAAGGGGAUGGUGCAAAAGAGAGUAAAGAAUUGAUAGAUACUCUCUUGAAUGAAAAAAGAUUAUGGUUUCUGAAAUUCUUGGAGGGAGCACUAGAUGCCGGAUUUCGUAGUGGUGCUCAGGAGAAGAAAGGAAAGAAAGGUACAGAGAGAUCAAUGGAGCCAGACAACCAUAUUGCUGUCACCUUAUCACAGCUGAAGCAAGCCAACGAAUGGUUGGAGAAAGUAACAAGUGAUUUGAGCUCAGAAAACAAUGGAGCAAUAGAGACUAUUGAUCGGUUGAAGCAAAAAGUUUAUACUUGUUUGCUAGGCCAUGUGGAUUCAGCUGCAUCAGCGCUGGAAAAUUUAUCUGAUCAUCGUAGUUGAUUAGGCAAAAAGGAAAUGGUUGGAAAUCUGAUAAUUAUGAACUAAUUUUAACCUGUAAGAUGGUGUGUAUUGAUUGCGUAGCUAGUGAUCAGUUUAACUUGAGUCAAAAAGGCAAGAAUGGUUUGGCUAAUCUUAUUUAUUCAG